AUGGACCAGCCGCCGCAGAUCACCCUGGAGGCAGAGGGUAUGCUGCUCCAGAUGGUGAGUCAGGGGAUGGACGCGCAUGUACUCCACGGCAUGGAUCUCAUGUACGACUUCCUCCGCUCCAGCCUCCCCGACCCGCCCGUCUACGCCGACGCCUACCUCUCCGCCGACUUCUCGUCCGCCGGCGACGGGGCCGGCGCCGAGGAGGACCGCAUCAGCGCGCUCCCGGACGAGAUCAUCCGCAACGUCGUCUCGCGCCUCCCCGCCAAGAACGCCGCGCUGGCGCUCCGCGCCCUUCCCGGCGCCCCGCCCGCGAUCUUCAGCCUCGCGUCCGUCAGGUGCCUCCACCUCGGUCUUUGGAGGUUCCCGAACACUGCGGACCUCCCGCGCGGUGCCCUCCGGGAGCUCACCCUCGGCUGCGUCGUCAUGGAGGACAGGGACCUCGACUUCGUCCUCGCCAGGAGCCCCGUCCUGGAGACUCUCGUGCUCUAUUCGAGCCAGAAGCAAGUGAACCUCCGCAUUGUCAGCAGCAGCCUGCGGUGUGUGCAGCUGUGCACGUGCAUUGUCGAAGAUGUCGCGGUGGUGGAAGCUCCCCAUCUGGAGCGGCUCUUCCUGUGGGAGACGAUUCGUUGUGUGCCCGGCGACAGGGUUCGCACCAGGAUCAAGUUUGGGCAUGGAUCCAAUCUGCGCUCAGUGGGAUUUUUGGUGCCUGGGGUACAUGUUCUUGAGGUGGGCGACACUGUCAUCAAGGCAAGCCCAAACACCAUCGUCCCAAGUGUCAAGAUUUUGGCCUUGAAGGUGCAUUUCGGAGUCCGCAAUGGAGCCAAGAUGCUUCCCAGCUUCCUCAGAUGCUUUCCCAGCGUAGAGACCCUGCAUAUCGAGUCUGAGAAAGCUGAUCAACCAACUGGUACGCUCAGUCACAAGUUCUGGCAGGAGGCCUGUCGUACCGAAUGCGUGCAGUCGCACAUCAGGGAGAUUGUUUUCCAUGAGGGAAACAAAGUGAGCUUGCCUUCCUUAAGUUCAUCCUGGAGAAUGCAGAGGCGUUGCAGCAGAUGGCAAUUGUGUUUGCCAAUGACAGUUUCUCUUCAGGGGUUGUGGCGGCCGCCGAACUGAUACAGGAUCAUCUUAUGUGAAACGGGCCAGUGGGAACUGUGACCUGGUGGUCUUGGAGAGCAGUAAUUUUGGAGGAGGUUCUUCUUGGAGCUACCAAGUAGCAUCUGAUUUUUCUGUUACUGACCCUUUUUAUUAUUGCUUCUGAACUCAGUAUACCCUGGGUGUCUCAUGAUCCAAGCUACGUUUUCCUGAAAAUGGGUAUGUUCUGUUUUAUUGCAGUAUCUGCACGCAUGUUACCAUCUUAAACUGUUGGCUGGUAGUAGCAUAUAGGAUGAGAAAUUGUUAGUGCUGAAAUUGGCAGCACUCGACAAUUUUGCUGGUUGGUGUUAUAGAAAAAUGCAAACAGUUGACA